AUGCACAAGCUCCUCGCCACGGUCAUCCUCGCCUCGCGCGUCGCACACCGGCCUCCGCUGCGAGCCGUGCUCGCCCGCGCUCCGCCACGCGCUGCCAGGCUCUACGCGGCUGCCGGCAGUGCGAUAGAAGGCCUCGACACAGAGAUCAACCUCGACGGAAUGCGCAAGGAGUCGCAGCGCAAGCUUUACCGCGCGCAGAAAAAGGCGGCAAAGGCCCGGGAGCGCGCGGAGCUCUGCGACGCGCGCAUGGAGGAGCUGCUCUCCGACGAGGACGCGGCGCUCGAGGCGCUCGAGGCGCUUCCCAACUGCGACGAGCUGCGCGCCGCGGCGGCAGCCGAGGCGGAGAGGGUGGAGCGGCUGGACUCGCUGGUCCAGGGCCUCAAGACUUGCACGGCUUCGGCCGACGCCGCCGACGCCACUCCGCUCGCGCAGCUGCUAAGCCUCGCGGCCGACCUCGGCGCGGCACCGCGGCCGGCGCCAUCGCGAGGCCCGCGCGCAAAGCCGCGCCUUCCCUACCGCGUCUUCCGGAGCGAGGGCGGCGCCGAGAUCCGGGUCGGCAAGCAGGCGUCCGACAACGACGCCCUCAGCACCGACCCCCUCCACCGCGACGCGGACGACUGGUGGAUGCAUGCGGCGGGCUGCGCAGGCUCGCACGUCGUGAUUCGCGCGGAGAGCGUCGGCGACGCGGCGACGCUGCCGCGAGAGGUGGAGCUCGACGCGGCCGUCCUCGCGGCGAACUACUCAAAGGCGGCGCGCUCCGGCUCGGUCGGCGUGAACCUGUGCCGCGCGAGGCAGGUGAGCAAGCCGGCCGGCGCCAAGCCGGGGCUGGUGCAGCUGUCGGGCGACGUGCGCACGCUGAGGCUCAACUGGAGGAACGAGAAGCGGCGGCUCGAGCGGCUGCGCGACGCGCUCGAGGGCUGAGCCUGGAGCUGAGGCCGGUGAGGGGCCCGUCUUUUACGAUAGAGCAUAUGGGAGAGAAUU